UGACUGCUGUAUGCCUUCUUCCCCUGUGGUGUGGCUCAGAGCCCAUGCCUGCAUUUCUCCAAACAAGGAAGGGUGAGUGCAUAGGAUAGUGUGGAGGUGUGGGACUGGAGUGCGCUGGUGGCAGGUGUACCUGGUGAGAAUGCCCCGGGGAGGCUGCCCAUUAGAGAAGCUUUGCCUCCCCGGCCUCUACACUGUUCACAGUUGUGUGUGGCCUCAGCCUGCAGUCCCACCAGCCUUAAUGCUCAGUCAGUCUCCACUCUGAAAGAAUCCUGCCCAACUCUUUCGCUCCAUUCUCUCCUUGCCAUGUUCUUUUGAUGGCUAGGACGGCUACCCAAGUUGGGCAGAGCUGCCUUUCCCUGCUGUGUGGGCUGCAUGACUGCAUCUACCCACAUGGCAGCCCAGCUCCCACCACCGCCUAGUCCCAGAUUUGUCCUCCGAGGCACACAGUCAGCUGUGAACACGCUGCAUUUCUGCCCACCGUCCCAAGGUCCAGAGAGCCCGCUCCUUCUCUCCGGGUCUCAGAGUGGCCUGGUACACAUCUGGAGCCUGCAGACAAGAAGAAUAGUUGCCACCCUAAAUGGCCAUGGUGGGCAGAGUGUGAUCUGGCUGAAGACACUACCCGAGGGACACCAGCUCCUGAGCCAGGGCCGGGACCUGCAGCUGUGCCUGUGGGACUUGUCAGAGGGCAGGAACACCGUCACGGACUCAGUUCAGCUGGACAGUGUGGGCUUCUGCAGGAGCUCCAUCCUGACCAGGGGACAGCUGUGCUGGAUGCUUGCUGUGCCAGGGAAGGGCAGCGACGAGGUUCAGAUUCUGGAGAUGCCAUCCAAGACGUCAGUGUGCACCCUGAAGCCGGAGGCAGAUGCCAAGCCAGGCAUGCCCAUGUGCCUGGGGCUGUGGCAGAGUAACUCCAGUCUCCGCCCCCUCCUUCUGGCUGGCUAUGAGGAUGGAUCGGUAACCCUGUGGGACAUCUCGGAGCGGAAGGUGUGCAGCCAAAUCGCCUGCCAUGAAGAACCUGUCAUGGGCCUUGACUUCGACUCUCAGAAGGCCAAGGGCGUCUCAGGCUCUGCUGGGAAGGUAUUGGCUGUCUGGAGUCUGGACGACCAGCAGUCCCUGCAGGUAUACAGGACUCAUGAGCUCACCAAUCCUGGAAUUGCUGAAGUCUCCAUCCGGCCAGACCGUAAAAUCUUAGCCACAGCAGGCUGGGACCAUCGCAUCCGUGUGUUUCACUGGAGGACGAUGAAGCCACUGGCUGUUCUGGAUUUCCACAGUGCUUCUGUGUACUGCGUGGCCUUUGCCGCUGAUGGCUUGCUUGCUGCAGGGUCCAAGGACCAGCGUAUCAGCAUCUGGUCACUCUACCCCUGCCCGUGACCUAGCUAUAGAACACUGUUGUCUUACUUCAGUCUUGACCCAGCCCUGUGGAAGGUCCUCAAGGCCUUCUGAGGACAGCGAAUUGUGGCCAAAGGUCCUGGAAUCCACUUUCUUCAUGAGAUUCCCUGUUCCUUUUGUGGCCUGUCAUUCAGACGAUAAACACCUGGCACGUGUAGCUUGAUAAGAGGCACAGCUUAGGCCUGCUAGUGUGGCCAGCCUAAACAUAUUUGACAAUAAAUUUUCCAUUGCCAGCCUGAAGCUGGGUCAAGGUGGGAACUUUCUGUGAAGAUGUCCCCGUGUUUUCCCCUUAGGGUCAGAGCAUCCAGAUCCCCUGAGAGGCCUGUCACCAGUCUUUUAAGCUGGUAGUUCUGGGUGCAGGUACUCAGGGCUUGGCCUCGGGCGGCUGUAUAAUCCCACAGUGGCUGGCUGCUACAUCCCCUGGCUCUUUGCCCCAGAAAUGUUCAGGGAUUCCUGACAUCCAGGGUUGAGGUCAGGAUGAGGAAAAUGGAGGCAGGAGAGGAUUUAAUGGGAUGGCCAAGGUGGUCAGAGGAGGGAGAGCUUGUAGAAUGCAGCAUAGUCCAGCUAGAAGACCAGGAAAGGAAGCACUAGCCUGUGACAGGGUAAGGUAAGAAGGACAGCCUGUCUCCCAGGGAACUGCAGGAGACAAAGGGAAGCA